CUAUUAUAAAAGUCAUUCAUGUUGAUGUAACUAUUAAUACCUAAGUCAAAAAUAUUUUGAACAUCAAAAUAUUGCAAAAUGACGUGGAGUUAAGUUGUAAUGUAGUUUUACACAAUACUAGUAUGAAAUGAAUAUAUUUCUGAUAGUAAUAUCUAUUUUAUUGAGUAUAAUAUGUGCACUAGUCGCAUUAUUACAACAUUAUUAUUUUUUCCACGAAUUAUACAGGAGGCCAUCCUUAAAAUAUGAUGUAUCAGUAUUCGAAGAUCUAAUUCCUUCUGGAAAAGAUGAUAAGUAUCGUGGUCAUAAUUUUCCCUUACAAUCGAAAAAUGACGAUACCAACACUGAUUCUGUAUUAAGUCAUAUGAAUUAUGCUUUGGAAUCACAGAGCAAAUAUUCUAUUACUGAAAGAUAUUCAUCACAACAUGCAGAAACAUCCCAACAUGAGGUGGACAAUGCUCUACAGGCAGCUAUAGCAUUUCAAGUAACAGGAAAAACUUUCAAAGCCCUAAAAUUAUUUUUAUAUGCUGCUACACUUGCUCCUCAAAAUGCAGAUGUCUUGAAUACAUAUGGAGAAUUUUUGGAACAACUUGAUGAUAUAGUCACAGCUGAUGAAUUAUAUUUCAAGGCAUUGACCCAUUCCCCUAACCACAAAGCUGCUCUUACAAAUCGUGCUCGUACAGCCCCACUAGUAGAAGGAUUGGAUUACCAAUUAUUUAAAGACAUUGAUGAAAGAAAUAACUAUUUAAUAAAUCAGAUGAAAGUAGACACAUUCGUUUCAAUGAAAACCCAGGCUUUUUACUUGCAUAUUUACCAUACAGUGGGUAUUGAAGGAAACACAAUGACUGUAGAACAACUAAAAUAUCUUUUAGAAACAGGACAAGUUGUGGAGGGUAAAAGUCUAAUGGAGCAUAAUGAAAUUUUGGGAUUAGAGAAAGCAAUGCUUUAUAUAAAAUUAUUAAUUAGAAUUGAAUUUAUAGGGUUAGAACACAUUUUGGGAAUCCAUAGAAGAGUAAUGGGACAUGUGGAUCCACUUGGUUCUGGAAUGUUUAGAAAAGAGAAGGUAUAUGUUGGAAGUCACGUUCCUCCGCCACAUGGUGAUGUUCCAGCUUUAAUGGAAAUAUUCGUUCAAUGGCUUAACUCAGAGGAAGCUCUAAGUAUGCAUCCAGUUCGAUACGCAGCUCUGGCUCAUUACAAAUUAGUUGAUAUUCAUCCAUUCACUGAUGGAAACGGACGCACAAGUAGAUUACUUAUGAAUCUUCUUUUUUUGAGAAGAAACUAUCCUCCAGUAAUAGUGCUCAAGGAACAAAGGCAAAAAUAUUACGAUGCUUUGAAAACUGCCAACAUGGGUGAUGUACGACCAUUUGUAAGAUUCGUGGCUCGAUGUACUCUUAAAAAUUUAGAUAUGUACAUAUAUACUGCGAAAUAUUUAUCUUCUCAAAGAGGAAUAGACAGCGACGAUACUAAAAAAAUUAUUGUUUCCAAUUAAUUUAUUUACAAUACAUUGUUUUGCACGUGAUAUUUCCCAGAAAAUUAUUAUGUUGUAAGUCCAAUACAAUAUAUAUAUAUAUAUAUAUAUAUAUAUAUAUAUAUAUAUAUAUAUAUAUAUAUAUAUAUAUAUUAUAUAUGUAUAUAUAUAUACACACUCGCACCACACACACCCGCACACACGCACUCCACCUGCACACCACUCACACGCGCUCUCCACCUGCACACCACACACACGCACACAUUACCCUGAUUUUAGGUCUCCUUCAAUUGAAAUUUUGUUCCAAAACAGAUGAAAUCUUGACCACAUCAAAUAAUUUGUUGUUAUAUUAACUCUUGAGUAGGAAACCAGGAAAGUAGGAAAAACCACAAAAAGAAAAAAAGAUGGUGGUCUAAGGACUGGUAUAAAAUGAGGAACCGCUUCACUCAUCAACAUUUCCUUAUUUUUCUGAGUGGUUCGAAACCAGAGGAGAACAGGAAUUUUCUACGCAAGGACCAAGAAAGUUUCGAUAAUCUACUCGAUUUAGUCCCCAAGACAUCGAGAAGAAGGAGACGAAAAUGUGUGAGGCGAUUCCUGCAAGUCAGAGAUUGAAGUACCUAACAUCUGGCAUGGAUUUAGAAGACCUGAAAUUCGCCAUUGCUCCGAAGACUCUGGAACUCAUCAUUAUGGAAACUUGCUCUGCAAUUAUCAUGGCAUUGAAGGAAAACAUUUAGGUUCCAAAUACCUGAGAAGCGUUGAUGGUAAACACGUAUCAAUCCAAAAACCUCGCUAUUCUGGGUCCUACUAUUACAAUUACAAAGGUUCUUUCAGCAUUGUGCUUAUGGCAAUUGUUGAUGCAAAUGGGCGAGUGUCAGAUGGUGGUGUGUUCUUUUGGCGCAAGUUGUUUCAGAACUAACUUGACAUGCCUGAUCCUCGUGAGUUAUCAGACACUCUUUAUUGGAAAUGAAGCAUUUCAACUUCUCCCUCAAUUCAUGAAGUCCUACAACAGAGCUGUUUUGAAGAACAAGAAAAGGAUUUUCAACUAUAGACACUCCCGAGCCAGAAGAGUUUUUGAAAAUGCAUUUGGUAUAUUAACGUAUAGAUUCAUAUAAUUUCAAAAUGCCAUUAAAUUUGAACCACCGAAAGCUGUGAAAAUUGUAAUGGUAUGUUGCCAUUUGCACAACUACUUGUGCUCAAAGAACAGAGCCAAGUAUUUACAACCUUAGGAUAUUGACAGAUACGAUAUUGUGGCUGGUGCUGUGGAACCUGGGUCAUGGAGGCAAGACAUUCGAGAUGACACAACUUCAAAGAACCAUAGGCAAUUCUACAGUAGAGGCAAAAAAAUAAGGGAUGACUUGUGCAAAUUUUUUACACGUCUGGGUCAGUUCCAUGGCAAAAUAAUUGCCUUGUGUCACAUUACUUGUCAUAUACAAUAAUUAUAAAUACUGUAAAAAAAAAUAAAAUAAAAUGGAAUAAAAUUCUUACUUCAGAA